CCUAUCCAACGUGCAUUAUUAUCCUAUCCUUAUACCAUUGUCAGGAUAGAGCUCACAGCGAAAGCCACAGGCUCGAAGCAGCAGCAUCGAAAAUGGCAACCAUGGCUGCACUUCAGAGCUCCAUGACCUCUCUUUCCCUCUCCUCCAACUCCUUCUUGGGCCAGCGCCUCUCGCCGCCCACUCUCUACGCUGUGCCGGCCAAGCCAUCAGAGAAGCCAUGUCUCAUUGUAGCGAAGCUUAAGCGAUGGGAGCGGAAGGAAUGUAAGCCAAACAGUCUUCCAGUCCUACACAAAAUGCAUGUUAAGUUGGGAGAUACAGUGAAAGUAAUAUCUGGACGUGAUAAGGGCAAAAUUGGAGAGAUUACUAAGGUCUUCAGGCAUAACAGCUCUGUAGUAGUAAAAGAUAUAAACUUGAAGACAAAGCAUGUGAAGAGCAGAGGAGAGGAUGAACCGGGCAAGAUUCUCAAGAUUGAAGCACCUGUCCACAGCUCGAAUGUGAUGCUCUACUCAAAAGAACAGAACGUAGCAAGCCGGGUGGGUCACAAAAUCCUUGAAGAUGGUAAACGAGUCCGUUAUCUGAUAAAAACUGGGGAAAUAAUUGAUACCGCAGAGAACUGGAAGAGACUGAAGGAAGACAAAAAGAACACUGAAGUAGCUGCUGCUUCUUAGUUUCUUUUUUUCUUUUUUAAAUUUAUCUAACUAUUUUGUUACUGACACUUUGUUGAUCCAUAUACACUAAUGGUAAUAUAGAUUUGUCCA